GCGUGUGCCUGAACGUGCCAGGCUAGGAAAGAUGGCGGCCUCUGCGUUACGCCGAGGCUUGUUGAGCACUGUCAGUAAAUACAACAAGAAACACACACACAGAAUACUGAGUGUCGCAGACACCAGUAGCGGGUUCGAGGCGUUCAGACCACGGUUACAAUGCCGAGCCUGCGGUCUGCCCGGCGGUGUUCAACAGAGAAGGUUCAUGUCGUCACGGAACAGGCCUGAAGGGAAGAUUUUGGAGACGGUGGGAGUGUUUGAGGCCGUGAAGCAGCACGGAAAAUAUGAAACGGGACAACUGUUCCUCCACAGCGUGUUUGGCUACAGAGGCAUCGUCUUGUUUCCCUGGCACGCCCGGCUCUAUGACAGAGACAUCACCCCUCCCAUGUCUGACAGCAAACCUGAGCCCCCGGGAGCCCAUGGGUCCAAGGAGGUGAAGGGCAAGACUCACACCUACUACCAAGUCCUGAUUGACACCAGGGACUGCCCUCACAUAUCUCAGAGGUCUCAGACAGAGGCCGUGACGUUCCUGGCCAACCAUGACGACAGCAGAGCCCUGUACGCCAUCCCAGGUCUGGACUACGUGAGCCAUGAAGACAUCCUGCCCUAUAACUCCACAGAGCAGGUCCCCAUCCAGCACGAGCUGUUUGAGCGCUUCCUCAUGCACAACCCUGCCAAAUCUCCUCCGUUCACAGCCAGAGACACUCUGAAGGCGUGGCAGGAGAAAAACCACCCCUGGCUGGAGCUCUCAGACGUCCACAGGGAGACCACCGAGAACAUCCGAGUCACCGUCAUCCCCUUCUACAUGGGCAUGAGGGAGGCCCAGAACUCCCAUGUUUACUGGUGGCGAUAUUGUAUCCGUCUGGAGAACAUGGGCAACGAGGUGGUUCAGCUGAGAGAGAGACACUGGAGGAUCUUCAGCCUGUCAGGAACCCUGGAGACAGUCAGAGGUCGAGGCGUCGUAGGCAGGGAGCCGGUGUUGUCUAAAGAGCAGCCAGCCUUUCAGUACAGCAGCCACGUGUCUCUACAAGCCCCCAGUGGUCACAUGUGGGGGACGUUUCGUAUCGAAAGGACUGACGGCUCCCACUUCGAUGUUCGCAUUCCUCCUUUCUCCCUGGAGAGCAACAAGGACGACAAAGCCCCCCCCGCUGGCUACACGUUCUAACUGCGAUUAGUCACCUGCCACCUGGGGACGUGCCUGGGUUGUCUAGAAUUGUCCUUCCUCUGUAACAUUGCCUCAGCCCUCAGCAUAAGACUAGCGCGAGUCAGGUUAAUGCGAAGGGAAAACACAGUGUUUUUCUAGAUCAUCCGCACGCAGGCCCACCUCGCCCCCUUUUUUCUUUCCGUCAGUGCACCCAAACAGCAGUAUCUCAUUAAAUCAUAUAGUGUAUAAAGUCGAUGCGCCUUCACUCCCAUGUCGUGUUUGAAGAGACAUGCACAGUCCUAGUGGAAGACACCUGGGAGGCAGGGAGGGGAGUUAAUGUUGCCGAGCGGAGCCGGACACGUUCUGCACGGAGUAGCUGAUCUGUAGAGUAGGUUGGCUUUACAGCGGGAGAAAUCCCCGCUGAGCUUUGGGGUCAUGGAACGAGCAGCGCCUCCAGCUGAGCUUACUUCAAAUCAACCAGAGAGCCACCAUCACUCAAACCACACGUCGACACGCCUCCCUCCAUAACGACCUUCUCGUUGGGAUUCAUCAAAACCUCACACGUGACAAAAACGAUCCUACCACUCAUUAGUGAAGUCAGACCUCUGUGGAGCGUCUGAUUGAACUCUGGGCCGGUGACAGUGCGGAAGUAUUUAUGUCUUACAGCACUGAACCACAGUGUUUGACACUGAUCAACAGGAAAAGACGCUUAAAUAUCAAAGUGAAUUCAGAUCUCUUUAAAUGACCAAAAGUGAUAAAUAUAUAACAGUAAUUUCAGCAGUAAGAACCUGGAGCCUGUGAACCUCGUGCACCUGAACGCUGCAGAUCUUCCCCCCGAUUCAUGAGCGUAGAACUCCUUCCUCUCUGUCAGGACGCAUCACAUUUAUCCACGUCACAGCGUUAGUGUUGUUGCUGCCACCACCAGGCUUUAUGCUGCGUUCAUAGCAGAGAUGUUGUCCGCGACGUGUUUGCGACUUGUGAACGUUCACAUCACAGGACAACUCAAGGUGGUUGUAUGAUGACAAGAGUUGGUUUGUGAGGGUUAAAAAUACUGCAUGUUAAUGAUAUAACACUAUGUUUAAUUUAAGUUAUAAGUUUAAUUACACUGAACGUUGGACAGUAGCCAUGUUUGUUUAUUUUUCAGGUACUUGCGUAUCUUUAAACCCUGCGUGGAUCUUUCGUUAAAAACUUUCUGUCGUUAUUACGAGUUGGACAUUAAGUCGGAAACCUGGAGUUACAUUCACUCCAUCGUGAUGUGAGCGCAGUUUUAUAGUGGGAAUGGUUGAUUGAUGCUGGGGCCUUUUGUCUUAACAUAAAACAUAUCCUUUAAUUUGCAAAGUGUAAAGUUUUUAAUAAACCUGUCACAGAUUUGUUUGAAGACGUCUCUUGUCUUCAUGAUGUCGUUGUUACAAGCUGUUAAACUAUUCACAUACGGCUUUAUUUACCCUGAUAUUGUGUGUCACACCUUGACUAAACCCCAGUGGUCUCCAUUCAAAUAAUGUGACUGCUCCAGUGAUAAUUGUGAGUGUGUCACAGGAAAUGAAGUAAUACUUAAUGUGUUUUAUAUUUGUAUUUAAUUUUGAUCAUUUUUUUUUAUUUAUAGAGAUCUGGUUUCUCUUUGACAUGCAAGUACAAAGUUUUCUUGAUCAGUGUUUCUAUUUACGUCCACUGUGAUUCAGUGGUGUGAAAGAUCAGUCUAAAAAAACAAAAAAAGAAAAAGGCAACAAAGGCUGAAUCCUCAGUAGUGCAUGUGUUCACGGCCAAAUGUGAGUCCUUCCCUUCCUGGAAAGGACGUGAGGGUCAGGUCUUAGUUGUCUUUGAAUAGCUAACACAGCACACCAUAAAGUAAUUAAACCAAGCAGUUGGCAGCCGGUGUUGUGGCUAACGAGAGAGAAGUGUGUGUGUGUGUGUGAGUGUGUGUGUGUGUGAGUGAGUGUGUGUGACAUACUCAUCUUCCUCUCUGCAGCCUGAUCCAUGUAAAGACCAGAAUGACGUCUUCAUCCUGUUCACAUAAGCUGGAUGUGUUUUGGUUAAGGCCGACUGUUUGACUCCGCCAGCAAGAAAAGUAUUUGAGCCGAAAAAAUUUCUCACUGGUGACGUGAGAAAAUAAAAUAACCUUUUUUGUUUUGAUAAGUGAUUUGAAGAAACUAUGAUGGUUGAAAUACUACUGUAAAUAGAGAUGUAAUUAAAGGCAAAACAAAUAAAUAUACCUUUUGAAAAAUA